AUGGACAGCUUACGAGCCGAGCUAAAACACUACGAGGACAUUCUCCAAGUUCGACCCUCCUUCAUAUCUAUACUCCCAGACGAUAUCCUAGUUUUGAUCAUGCCCCAUGUUGUUUUUGGCCCGCCUUCAAGUUAUGGUCGACGCCGUCCAUUGCUGCACAUGUCUCAUGUGUUUUCACGUUGGAGAGCUGUUGCUGUCGGAACUCCGUCGCUGUGGGCGGUGGAUACCUUCUUUCGCCGUUGGGAUUACUUAUCAGACAUUUACCUCGAGCGUUGCUGGUCCGGCGUACCUGCCGGGCAAGUCUGGCCACCGACGCUUGAGUCAUCGUCCAACUGCUCUGCCAUGUCAAACAUGGGUACAGAAACACGCUACAAAGGAGACCUUGCCACGUUCAAGUCUGAGUUACAGGACGAAGAAAAUGUACUCAGGGCCUUGUUGCGACAAGUUGACACCCUCCAAGUUCAACCAUCCCUCCAAGUUCAACCAUCCCUCCAAGUUCAACCAUCAUACAUUUCUAUUCUCCCAGCCGAUAUCCUCGUUAUGAUAAUUCGCCAGGUUCUUGUUGACUCACCCAACGCAAAUGGAUGUUAUAGGUUGCUAGAGUUAUCACAUGUGUGCACCUACUGGAGGACUCUCACUGUUCGGACUCCUUCAUUAUGGGCGAUGGAUAUCCUACUGUAUCCUUAUCAGUUCGAUACUUUGUUGAACUGGUACCUCGAGAGCGCGCUCAGUAAUCUCUUCUCAACAUUCGGAUUCUUAGUAGGGUAUUCAACGACGGGCGUGGAGUACAACUCGCAGAUACUUUAA